AUGCCAAAGCUGAAUUACCGUGAUAAAAAAAUAUGUGAAAGACUAAAGAAUGGGAUCACACUCGCUGACAUAGAGGCCGUUAACGAACCGGAAUAUACCGCUUGGAUCUCACGACGCCGUUAUAUUUCUGGCGUUUUUGUAUGGGAAUUAAACUGGUUUAUAACAGCUGGUAAUUUCUUUUUACGAUUUCCAAAAAAGAAUAGUUAUUCUUAUCCCAUUGAAGUAGUUUACUUACCAGAUGCUAUUAUUAGACGAUGUCAUUUAAAGGAGGAGUGCUGUGUUAGGCACCCAUUCGUUAUGGAGAUUGUUGCACAUACACAUUUCCUUAAGGAAAAAGAAAAGUUUAUCUCUGCCAAUGACCAAGCUGUUUAUCUGGGUUUUGAAAAUGCAGAAGAUAUGUGUGGUUGUUUGGCCUUUAUUACAAAGAUUGCUGCUCGUCAUACACAAACGGCAUCUAUUAUGUUUGGAUCACCAUUGCAGGUUCAACAUUGUAUUCAUUUAAAUGCAACAAAUAAUGAGAAAAAUUUUGGUUUUGAACUUCUCUCAAAAGAAAUGCAAAAUUGGUUAUUGCAACAAGGUAUAACAAGGGAAGAAAUGAAAGGAUGUGAGGAAACGGUAUUAAGUUGUGCUGAAACAUUAUAUGAAUAUCAGAAACAGAUUGGUGUGGAAACCAAUAUGCCGUUUUCUCUUCUUGGAGAAAAUAAAAUGAGUCGUAAGAAGAAGGAAGAGGUGAUGGAGAAUGAAGAAAGUAAUCAGUUAUUUUUGUUACCAACAGAUAUGUCGAAUGUAACAAUGGAAUCUCUUCUUACGAAAGGGGACCCUCAUCAACUUUAUAGUAAUUGGGAAAAAUUAGAUAGUGGUUCACAAGGUGAAGUUUUUAAGGCCAAACGAAAAAGUGAUGGAAGUGAAGUCGCCAUUAAACGUAUUACAAUAAAGCGAGUACGUAAGGAAUUAUCCGCUUUAUUAAAGGAAAUGACUUUACUUAAAGCUCUUCGUCAUCCUAACAUUGUAACCUUACAUGAAUGCUAUAAAAAAGAAAAAGAUUUAUUUCUUACAAUGGAACUAAUGGAUGGUGGUAAAUUGGCAGAUUUGUUAGAUCCCAUUGAAGGACCUAGAGUAAAAUUUACAGAAAUACAAUUAUCAACCAUUAUGCGAGAAGUACUACUAGCUUUACAGUGUCUUCAUCACGCCAAAUGUAUGCACCGUGAUGUAAAGUCGGAUAAUAUUCUUCUUUCUUCCCGUGGUGAAGUAAAACUGGGAGAUUUCGGUUUGGCAACAUUAGUUUCUGCCCCUAAAGGAACACGACGAACGGUUGUUGGGACACCGUACUGGAUGGCACCUGAGGUGGCGAGUGGGAAGCCUUAUAAUAUUAAAGCCGAUAUAUGGAGUGCGGGAAUUCUUUUUAUUGAACUCUGUGAUGGUAAACCACCGUUAAUGGGAAUACAUCCUGUGCGUGCGCUUCUUAAGGUUUGCACAGGGCCUCCUCCUGUUAUGAAAAGUGCGAAAAAGUGGUCUGAAACUUGUCAGGAAUUCGCAAAAUAUCUUUUAGUAAAAGAUCCUGUAGAGCGACCAAGUGUGGAUGAUGCGCUAAAACAUCCUUUUAUUAAAAUGAGUUCGGAAUCGUCAUGCCAGUUUAUAGCAACUAUACUAAAAGAAAGAAAGAGGGAGUGA